GAGGCUGAUCGGGUGGGCGAGCGAGGGAAGCGGCGGGAGCAGCGGGGCCGCCACGCCUCCCUUCAGGACUCCGGCAGCGGCGGCCGGCGCAGGACAAUGGAAGAGGCGGCGGCGACGGUAGCGGGCGCGGCGGGGGGGCCUUGCCCGGCGGAUCGCACGGGAGCGGCGGCGCUGAGCGGAGAAAACGAGGCUGAGAGCCGGCAAGGUCCGGCGGAGCGCGGCGGGGAGGUGGCCCCGCUCAACCUGUUGGACACUUGCGGCGUGUGCGGACAGCCCAUCCAGAGCCGGCGGCCCAAGCUGCUGCCCUGCCUCCACUCCGUCUGCCUCCGCUGCCUACCGCAGCCCGAACGCUACCUCAUGCUUCCUCCCGCUAUCCCUUUCUCGGCCGUCGGCACCCCCAAGGAGCCGCAGCCGCCGGUGCCCUCCUCUUCGUCCGUCUCCUCGCCGGCCUCACCCGUGCACUGCACUCCCGUUGGUGUUAUCCGCUGUCCAAUUUGUGGUCAGGAAUGUGCAGAGAGACACAUCAUAGAUAACUUUUUUGUGAAGGAUACCACAGAGGUUCCCAGUAGCACAGUUGAGAAAUCAAAUCAGGUCUGCACAAGCUGUGAUGACAAUGCAGAAGCUAAUGGGUUUUGUGUGGAAUGUGUAGAAUGGCUGUGCAAGACCUGCAUCAGAGCUCACCAGAGGGUUAAGUUCACAAAGGAUCAUACUGUGAGACAGAAAGAGGAAGUAUCUCCAGAAGCAGUUGGUGUGACCAGUCAGCGACCUGUGUUUUGCCCUUACCACAAAAAGGAGCAGUUGAAGUUGUAUUGUGAAACCUGUGACAAGUUGACCUGCCGAGACUGUCAGUUACUAGAACACAAAGAGCACAGGUACCAGUUUAUAGAGGAAGCUUUUCAGAACCAGAAAGUGAUCAUUGAGACACUAAUCACCAAAUUGAUGGAAAAAACGAAGUACAUAAAAUAUACAGGGAAGCAAAUCCAAAACAGAAUUCUUGAAGUGAAUCAGAAUCAAAAGCAGGUGGAACAAGAUAUUAAAGUUGCCAUAUUUACACUGAUGGUGGAAAUAAAUAAAAAAGGAAAAGCUUUGCUGCAUCAGUUGGAGACCCUGGCAAAAGAGCAUCGAAUGAAACUUCUUCAGCAACAACAGGAAGUGGCAGGUCUCUCUAAGCAGCUGGAACACGUCAUGAAUUUUUCCAAAUGGGCAGUCUCCAGUGGGAGCAGCACAGCACUACUGUACAGCAAACGCUUGAUUACAUAUCGAUUACGGUAUCUUCUCCGAGCAAGGUGUGAUGCUUCACCAGUGACUAACAAUACCAUCCAGUUUCACUGUGAUCCUAGCUUCUGGGCUCAAAAUAUUUUCAAUCUAGGUUCUUUGGUAAUUGAAGAUAAAGAAACCCCACCACAUGUGCCCAAGAACCCUGUGAUGGAAACAAACUUGCAGCCGCCAGGCAGCUUACCUUCAAAUCAGCUCUCCAAGUUCCCAACUCAGAUAAGCUUAGCCCAGCUCCGACUUCAGCACAUGCAGCAACAGGUCAUGGCUCAGAGACAGCAAGCUCAGCGCAGAGCAGGUCCAGUAAGUUUACCAAAUCCAAGAAUGCCGGGAACCAUGCAGCAGCCUCCAGCUACUCAUCAGGCACCUCCACGCUUGAUUCAUUUUCAGAAUCAUAGCCCCAAGCCUAAUGGUUCGGCUCUUCCUGCACAACAGAUGAGACUUCCCCAAACUCAGAACCUACCAAGGCAAGCAGUAAAGCCCAAUCCACUGCAAAUGGCAUUCUUGGCACAGCAAGCUAUAAAACAGUGGCAGAUCUGUAGUGGACAAGCUUCAACUGCCCCUUCAACUGCAAGCAGCACAACAUCUACUCCAUCCAGCCCCACAGUCACUAGUGCUGUAGGAUGUGAUGGGAAGACAUAUGGUCCCUCUGUGAUAGACUUGAGCUCUCCAGUGGGUAGCUCUUACAACCUACCAUCUCUUCCUGAUAUUGAUUGUUCAGGAAACAUCACACUGGAUAAUGUUGUAAGGAAGGAUGGCACUGCGGAGCAGAAUCAGCCAAAACCCCCUUCAAACAGGACUGUACAGUCACCAAAUUCAUCGGUACCGUCACCAGGACUCUCGGGAGGAGUCAGUGUGACAAACAUAAACCCUCCAAUUCGUUCACCCAGUGCCUCCAGUGUUGGGAGCAGAGAGAGUUCUGGCUCCUCCAGCAGGCCACCAAGAGCUGAUUCUACACACAAAGUCCCGGUUGUUAUGUUGGAGCCGAUCAGAAUUAAGCAGGAGUCAAGUGCAUCAAAUGAGAACUUUGAUUUCCCAAUUGUUAUAGUGAAGCAAGAAACAGAGGAGGAAUCCCGGCCUCAGAAUACCAACUUUUCAAAAAGCAUACUUACUUCAUUGCUAUUAGAUAGCAAUAAUAAUGCCGCUUCUGAUGAAGCUGUGUUAAGAACAGAUGCACCAGACAGUACAGAUGAUCAACCAGGGAUACUGCAGGAGAACUCAUCCAGUGGGAAGACAGGAUGGAUAGGCCCCUCUCACACAGGGGAGGGCAGAAAAGAGGAUGAUCCCAAUGAAGAUUGGUGCGCAGUAUGUCAAAAUGGAGGGGAGCUCCUUUGCUGUGAGAAAUGUCCCAAAGUAUUCCAUCUAUCUUGUCAUGUCCCUACGUUAAUGAGCUUUCCAAGUGGAGAGUGGAUCUGCACAUUCUGUCGGGAUUUGUCCAAGCCAGAAGUUGAAUAUGACUGUGAUAAACCUGCUCACAGCUCGGAAAAAAGAAAACUGGAAGACACUGUGGGUUUGGCACCAAUAGACCGCAGGAAGUGUGAAAGACUGUUGCUGUAUCUCUACUGUCAUGAAAUGAGUCUUGCUUUUCAAGAUCCCGUUUCUCCCACAGUUCCUGAUUACUACAAAAUAAUCAAAAAGCCUAUGGACUUGUCAACCAUCAAGAAAAGACUUGAAGUGACCAAUUCAUUCUACACAAAGCCAGAAGAUUUUGUGGCUGAUUUCAGACUGAUUUUCCAAAACUGUGCUGAAUUUAAUGAGCCCGAUUCAGAAGUAGCUGAUGCUGGCAUGAAACUUGAAGCAUACUUCGAAGAUCUUCUAAGGAACCUUUAUCCUGAGAGAAAGUUCCCCGUACAACCCAAUUGCCAGAGUGAAAAAGAUAAUCCAGAACUUACUGGUGACUCAGAUGAUGAUGUUGUACAGCCCCGGAAAAAACGCCUCAAAGGAGAAGACCGUCAGUCGCUCAAAUGAGCUGCAUGUGUUGCUAUGGGACUUCUUAAAA